UUGGAGCGUCCUCGGGCUCAUUAAUAAUGGACCAGUCUGGCAAGAGCAGCCUCACUUCCUUUGUUUUCCGCCGCAGAAGAAGGGGAACAUGGAUCUCUCCGUUUUGCCAAACAACAACCAUCCUGACAAAUUCCUGCAGCUCGACGUGAAAUCUUUCAUGAGGAGCUCAGCUCUUCUUCAAGCCAGCCUGGCAAGGUUUCCGGGGGGGAAUUACCCUGCUGCGCAGCACUGGCAAAACCUUGUGUACUCACAGAGAGAAAAGAAGACCAUUUCUGCUCAGCGAAUGAGGAGAUCCGGGCCAGAGGGUGUUGCUGCUGUGGACCAUCCCCCACCAUCCUUGUCAUCAGUUCUGAAGAAUAACCCACUCUAUGGUGACCUAAGUUUGGAGGAAGCUAUGGAAGAAAGAAAAAAGCAUCCCUCGUGGACGGUUGAGGAAUAUGACAGGCAUUCCCUGCACACAAACCUUUCUGGGCAUCUAAAGGAAAAUCCUAAUGACCUACGGUUUUGGUUGGGAGACAUGUACACGCCUGGUUUUGAUACCUUAUUGAAAAAGGAAGAGGAACAAGAAAAGCAUUCAAAAUACUGUCGUAUAGGUCUGAUUUUGCUCCUUGUUGCCUGCAUCUUGGUUUUCAUAGUGACUGUUUGCACAUUUUUCACCUAA